UGGGGUGGAGAGGGCCGGGCCGGGGUGAGAAGAUCUCAGUUCUCUAGCUCUGCUUCCAACCCUGCUUUGUCGUUCCAUUUCUUCUACUCGACUACUACUCUUUCGUCUCCUCCUCCCGCAGCCACACGACGUGAGGCGAGCACUGGUAAAGAUGGCGACGCCGGGGGCGGUGGAGGCCAAAGGCACCGGCGGCGGCACAGAUAAGAUGGCUGCGUUGAAGGAGAUAUACAAGCAGCUCAAGGCGGAGGUGCUCGAGGACCACGCCGCCGAGAUCGCUGAUCAUGAGUCGGCCAUCCAGUGGAUCGACCGCAUGGUGGACUAUAAUGUGCUCGGAGGAAAGUGCAACCGCCUGCUCUCUGUCAUUGAUACCUAUAAAAUACUGAAGGGUGUUGAUGUUCUAAGCCAAGAGGAGACAUUUCUUGCUUGCACGCUUGGCUGGUGUAUUGAAUGGCUUCAUGCUCAUUUUCUUGUGCUUGAUGAUAUUAUGGAUAACUCCCAGACGCGACGUGGCCAGCCUUGCUGGUUUAGUGUGCCUCAGGUUGGCCUUAUUGCUAUAAAUGAUGCAAUUAUCCUUCGCAACCAUGUUCUGCGUAUCCUUCGGCGCCAUUUCAAAGGGAAGCCAUAUUAUGCCGAUAUCAUUGAUUUGUUCAAUGAGGCCGAGUUUAAGGUAGUCUCAGGGGAGCUGUUGGAUCUUAUCAUUACUCAUGAGGGUAGAAAGGAUCUGACUAGAUACAACGAGACAAUUUACCGCCACAUCGCUCAAUACAAGACAGCCUACUACUCCUUUUAUAUUCCUGUUGCAUGUGCUUUGUUGCUGGCUAGUGAGAAUAUUGAUAACUUUGGUGAUGUAAAAAACAUUCUUAUUGAAAUUGGAAUAUACUUUCAAGUCCAGGACGAUUAUCUAGAUUGUUUUGGUGACCCUGUAUUCAUUGGCAAGAUUGGAACUGACAUUGAAGAGUACAAGUGUUCCUGGUUAGUUGUGCAAGCUCUUAAACAUGCUGAUGUGAACCAAACGAGCAUUCUGUUUGAAAAUUAUGGAAAGUCUGAUCCAGCAUGUGUUGCAAAAGUGAAGGACUUGUACAAAGAGCUUAAUCUAGAGUUGGUGUUUCGUGAAUACGAGAGGGAGCUCUACAUCAAGCUGAUCGCUAACAUCAAGGCCCAGCCGAACAAGGCCGUUCAGACUCUUUUGAAGUCCUUCCUACACAAGAUCUACAAGAGAGAGAAGUAGACCUGGCUCGUUAAGAAGCUGCUUGGUCGAUGCUUGCAUAAAGUAACUAUGCUUGAUGUGGUAUUUGUACUUUCAGUCUUAAAUCUUCUAUCAUAUUGUACGCCCAACUACUGAACUACAUGUAAUAAAUGAUAUGCUUUUCUUGUGGUGUGGUAA